GCCGCCCCCGGCCCACGGUGCACUGCGGCGCCAAGAUGGCGGCGCCCAGUGAGGGCAGGCCCGGCCGCGGCGCCUCAUCGUUCCCUGGCACUGAAGGCGGAUCUUUCGCUUUUCCUUUCACCGUUCCGCCCGGAGUUGCCGGCUCCGGAGCUGAGGAACAACCCAAGAAGCCGUGUAGGGCCUGUACGGAUUUCAAGAGCUGGCUCCGAGAGCAGAGGAAGCAGCAGGCGGGCGGCGUGGCCGCAGUGGAAGAGAAGGAGCCACCCCCUGAUUGCCCCCUGGACAGCGAGCAGCUGGGCCGCAGCACCUGGGCCUUCCUUCACACCAUGGCUGCAUACUACCCCGAACGGCCCUCAAGAACUCAGCAACAGGAGAUGAAGGAUUUCAUCCGCCUCUUCUCCAAGUUCUACCCGUGUGAGCAGUGUGCUGAGGAUCUGAGGGAAAGAUUGCGAACAAAUCAGCCUGAUACUAGCAACAGAAAUAACUUCUCCCAGUGGUUAUGUCUUCUUCACAAUGAAGUGAACAGGAAACUGGGCAAAUCUGAAUUUGACUGCUCUCGUGUGGAUGAGCGCUGGCGAGAUGGUUGGAAAGAUGGUAGUUGUGAUUAAUCCAUAGGGGACUGCUUUGGAAAUCCAACAGAUUCACUCUGCUGUUUUGACACUGUGUAGAGAUGUGCAAGUAAAUAUGUGUGAGCGUGUGUGUGCAUGACUGAGAUGACUUGUGGAAAUAAAGGUGGAACCAACUCUGAAAGCCAGUUUGAAAAUCUUAUGCUCGUAGCACCUGGAUAAAUGGUCGUAUCAAAUGCAUUGUCUGAGGAACUGAGGCCUUACAUGUGGCACAGGAAUUGCCAGAAAUAAGUGAAACUGAGUUACUCAACAAACCCGUGGAUACUGUUUCAUGACAUUUCCUUAUUUUAGGGGCAUUUGCUUGUAUCUUUGACUUGAAUUCCUGUUCCUUGCACGCAGUUGUAGAGAGCUGCCCUGUGACAUUUCAUGUUUAUUUGCAGUUACUAUCCUGAUGUGUUUGGAAUUUCAUUGUCAUUUUCACUUCUUUUGUUCUGAUAGGGCAAAUUCCUGCUGUCUAUAUCCCUUAAGCUUUCUUAGAGAUCUCUGAUGCUUGUUGUUAGACUUGCUAAAAAGCAGGUACAUUUAAUUUAAAUGCUAAAAUCACAGAACCUUGAUUUCUCAUUUUAUUUCUGUUUCAGUUUAUCACAUAAGAGUGUAUCAUAGAAAAGAGACUAGAACAGGACCAAAAGAACUAUCAAGAAGUAUCAGCUGGGUUAAAUUCAGAUGUUUUAAAUUGAUUCCUCUUUUUCUUUCAAUCCAGAAGCAGUCUGACAAGUUCUACUGAGCUAUUUGCUUUUAAAACUGACAACUUUUCAUCUCUAUGAUUUCAAUUGCAAAGACUGCUGUAACGAUCUGAGACUGGUAUCUGUAAUGAAACAUAUUCAGAUUUGUUUAGCAUAUAGUGUUUCUAAGGCAUCAUUUGUGUUUUGCAAUUCGUGAUUGUUACUUAUUGAUUUAGUUGAUAUUUUGGUGUUUUCGCCUAGAUAAAAAUCUCUCUGGAACAAAAGGACUUUAAAUACCCUUAUGAUAUUUGAGUCUUCUUUAAGACUGAUGUCAGCUUUAGAUAGAAUUAUUGUACAGAAGACUCCAAGGAUUCCCUCUGUAGAAACUGGUUUGUUCUAUUGGCAUUUUCCUUACAUCAGCUAUAUUGCAUCAGUGUUACUGACGCAUAAGUGUGAAUUUGAGUUUCAAGUGAAAUAGCAGCAUAAAUGAUACAAUGAAUAUAAAUGCAUUUCUCUACAAAGCCACACAAAUAAGUCUUAAUACUUUCAAACUCUUAAAAUAUACAGAGAUAUUUUGCCCUUAUUGCAUUUUUGUCUGGGAAAGUUUGCAGGAGUUUUCACAGAUCAUGAUAAUAGGGGCCUUUUCCUUCUGUACUUCCUGCAGAGCUUUUCCUUGCGUGAUUUAGUAAGCUUCCUUGUUUCAUGCGUUACAGUUGGUAUGUAAAUUUACUUUUGAUGAUAGAAUGAGAGGUUCAUGGUAAUGGUACUUUUAUAACAGUAUCAGGGUGACGAUAGCCUAUAUGUGAGAACUUUGAUCUCCAAACGUUCACGUGUGGGACUCCUUACUGUUUAGAAAAGCAAUUAGAACUUUGGAAAUAUAUUUCAAUGUUUUAUGGUGUCCUAAAGCCUUUUCAAGUUGGACCUGUUAAAACAGUAAGACACAAAUUUUUAUGGACUGGUUAUUCUGGGAAGUUUUGUUUGUCAGUGUUCCUAAACACAAAACCAACAGAAGUGCUGAGUGUUUUAUGAAGUAUAUGCAAUUUGACUUCCUACCUCAUGGUGUUGUGUGGGCUAUUAAAAGUGCUCAGAAAGUUUCUCUCUUGCAUGCAGGAGGGCUGCUGCUCUGUCCAUGUCUUAACAGUGUGGAGAGUUAAAAAAAAAAAAACAAUUAAAUUGUGCAUCCCUCUCAAAAUCAGUGAGAGUGGCCAUGGCAACACAGAACCUUGGUCUCCUUGUGUUGUCCAAGGAGAUGGUGGAGUUGUGUGCAAGGAAAAGCUCCUGCCAGCAGGUACUGUUUUGUUCUGACAGUGGUGCAGAGGAGGAAGAGCCUUCAAGCUGAAACCAUCAUUUUCAGUGAAUGAGUCCAUACGGUGAGGGCACAAGCUCUGGCUGCCAGGAUGUUAUUAGGGCAGUUUGUAACUUUGCUAAAUAGCCAUUUGGUAAAAAUUUAUGCUUGCACUCUGUUCUCUCAUAUUUGUGGCUUUGCAGAGAGUUCUGACUUAUUGCUUCUCAGACAUCUCUGUGAAUUGACUGUCCAAGGGAGGAUAUUUUGCUGCUCAUUUAUAACACAUUUAAAGAUUUAAUUGUAUGUAUGGAAUUUCUAUUGAAGAUUUGUGUACAUAAAAAGAAGGGGGAAUAUGUGAAUUCUCUCCUAAAUGCACUUGAUUAUACCUAGUUUUAAAAAUAACUGUAUUCAAAUUAUUUUUCCUGUCAAUGUGAAAAUAAUAAAGCAACUGAGUUUAUUCCUA